GAGAGGGAGGGCAGAGAAAGAGACAGAGUGAGAGAGAGGGUUUAUGCAGGAGCAGCAGCAGCAGCAGACCAGCAAAGAAGAGCGGGAGAGAAAAUUAUUUUUUGGAAUUGUUUGUUUUUGUUGUGAAGUAUUUUUUAAAUUCCUGUUGGAAGCAGAGAUGCGGCUCUGAGCGAGGACAGAGGGAGCUGCCUGCUUAGGAAAUGCCUCAAGAAAAAGAUGUAAUCUGGAGCUGAAAUAGACAGAUACAGCGGUCACAUGACACUGUGUUACAUCAGGUCUGUAGUGAUGGCAGACGUCAGCUGGGCCGGUGUGCGCUGGGACAGAAGAGGAGCUAGCGUUCUGCUGCUCUUUUGGAUUUUCACAGUAGUCCCUCCAUCCCUCCUGCAGCCCCCUCUCCCCCUCUCCCUGCCGGUCCACAUGUCGGUUGUUCCUCCAUCCUGGCAGUUCCUCCCACUCUCUCAGGCAGAGCUGGGGCCUCUUUUCUCCAACUCCAGCCCCUUCUCCUUCUCCCAGAGCCUGUUCAUGGUGCCCCAGCCUGGCCGGACCCUGAGACCAGGCCUCCAGGCUUCAUUUGGCCCUUACUCAGUCACACAGCUCAUAUCAGAGCCUGUCCUCCCUUUCUCUCCCCUUCUGUCCGCCUCCCUCCUCUCAGAGCAUGUGGAGACAGAGAGGGAUAAGGACGGGCAGAAGAGAUUCAGGGUGAGGAUACUGUUCCACAAGAGGGGCAACACCAACAAUCGAGGGACCUGUAUCACCCUGCAUGCCUUCAAGGAGACAGAGGAACACAAGGCCUCCUGUAUCACACAGCCUCCACUAGGGCUGUGUGUGGUAACUCUGACACUGCCCAAUCACUGGUUUGAGGAUCAACACACCAACCAGUCACAUCAAGAUCUGGACAACUGGCACAGUAACAUUCACCCUCGUCGUCGGGUGCAGAAGCGGGAACGACAGCGGAGGGGAUAUCCCCAUGGCAACCUUGUCAACCGCCACCAUACGACUUCUCCGUCAUUAAGAUACCAUCCAGGUGUUGAUGGUGACACCCAGGGGUACAUCCCAUGGGCCCUCAGAUACCGACGGAUUCCCAUGAGAAACCAAAUACAGCUUUACUACUCCUCCUCCGACACAGUGGCCGACCUAAUGCUGACACCACCACGAUGUGUGGAGGACAGAGCGGCUCAGUCCCAGAGGCAGCUCAUCCAUAUCAAAGCAGUGGCACUGAAGGAGGAGCAGGAUGAGAGAGAGCACAGCAGGACCAAAGAAGAAGAAACCUGUUUGAACGGGCAGGGGGAGGAGGAGCUUAGCCUGGACCCCCAUGUCAUGAUUCGCUAUUACAGAGGUCCGGUCCUCAUAGGACAGCCAAUCAAAGUGUCGGUGAAUCUGAGAGCCAACUUCAGUGCUGAGUUUGUCGUUAUAAGGCUGAAGGUGAAGAAGGGCUUAGUGUCAAUGGUGGCCCAAAGAACUCUGACCUCUGACUUGUGGUCAGUGACCCUGGAGAAAAGCCAAGGCGCCAAACAUGACGUGGUGUCCAUCAUCUGCCACAAGCACAGCACACCCAAGCACGCAUACAAUCCCACUUCACUCCAGCAGGUGGUGUGUCUGUCAGUCGACGGCCUGAGGCAGAGCUUCGGUGUUGCCAUGACUGUCUCUGCCAGCUGGUGGGUGGAGUUCUCCGGGCGAAGUAACCACCUAUCACCACAUGGGGCAGCAGCGAGCAUCUUCUCAUUUGCCGAUCGACAGAUCUUUGGCAUCGCUCCCAUCACAGAGAGUAACACCAUCAUCAACACAGCCAUACUGACCAACCAGCCGGUGUCACUUCCUGUCAUUGUGCUGGCCAUAAACCAAGAUGGGAAGGUGUCAGACGUCACCUCUGCAGUCACGUGUCACUCAACCAACGAGAACACUGUCAAGGUGUCCAGCGACUGCUCAACCCUCUUUGUGGACGGCAGUGAGUCAGGGCUGGGUGAUACCUGUGCAGUGGUGGAGUUUCAACUAGGUGCGCUCUAUGGCUCUGUGUGUGUGGAAGUGUGGGCUCCUUCAGUGCCCCUGCGAGUGUCUUUGGCAGACCCCAUUCUCAACGUCAUUGAUGGCUGGAACCACUUCACAAAGAAAGGGUGUGUGCCAGUGUAUCAGCGCUCAUCAGUCCAGGUCCUGACUCAGUUCACUGCUCAGGACUCUCAGAGCAGAACCACGCACCUCCUGGGCUCAUCUGAUUGGUUUGUGGACGUUACAGAGCUGGUCCGUAACUGGCUGAGAGUAGAGGACCCUCGAGUGGCUUCCCUCGGCAACCACAACGACCUGAUUGGUUUACGACCAGGAAAGACAUCACUUCAUGUUGUCUCUGAGCAGUGGGAUGGCGUGCUGGGCAGAUGUGACGUCACUGUGACCUCUGAGCCUGUUACCCCCGGGGACCUUUCUGUGCAGGUGGUUAGCGGCCUCGGCAUGUCACUCACAGCUAGCCCCACCCACCCUUCUAUCGUCACGACAACAGUCACAGCAUACAACAUCCUGUACAACCAUCACCAGGAGGCUUCCAUCAGCGUCUGGCUCCAGUUCAGUGACGAUACUGCCUCCCUCCUCUCCUCCUUCAACGACCUUCCCUUUUUCCUGCGUCUCUCCUCAUUGGCUGAGUCUGUGAUUGUGGUGGCGCCCGGCCCCAGCCAACGCAUCUUUGCUCAGGGCGAUGGUGGCGGGCCUUUACUGCGUGCAGAACUUUUGGUUUCAACCUGCGCUGACCAGCCAGUCACCUCCAACUCUAUCAGUGAAGGCGACAGAGAUUGGACGGAAACUGGAGAAGAAGGAGGAGCAGGCGGGACCAGAAGGCUGGCGAAAGGAUCCGGUUGGAUAAGAGUUAACCUCGACCUGGGCUACCUGCAGCCAGAAGGGGACGAGGAUGAGGAGGGCGGGAAGUUUGAGUUUGACUUUUCAGACACACUGGUUGAGUCAGAUAGUGACGUCUAUGCAUCGAACUUUGAUGAGGAGGAGAAUGAGAAUGUAAGCAGUGACUACUAUGACAAAAUAAAUGGGAAGAGAAACUGGAACGAGGUGGGCAACGGAGGGAUGGUGAGUCAGAACAAUCUGGAAAGAGCCGUGCUGAUGCCAAGUCAAGAGGAGGGCACUGUGUACUUCUCCCCGAGCCAGGAGAUAGAAGGAGAGAGGAUGGAGGAGGAUGUGGAAGGGCAGGGAGCUCGAGAGCUGGAGGUAGGUGUGGGUGCUAUCCUCUCACUGCUUUGUCUCUCUGCUAUCCUCUUCCUGGCGAACUGUCUGCCCUGCGCCCUGCGAGACAGAAGGAGGACAAAGAUGGAGGAGGAGGAGAUGGGAGGACUACAAGAAGGUGCGAAGGAAGAAGAGGUGGAGGAGAAGAAGAAAGAGGUAGAGGACAAGGACGCAGACCAGAGGAAGAAGGCAGAAGCUGAAGACAAUAUAAAGCAGCAGAAUGAGGUGGACAAUAAAGAAGUAGAGAUCAUUUGCUGAUACAUUCGCAGGCUGAACUCACAAGGACCAUGAAGGGAUUAUUGUGACAACAUGCCAUCACCCUGUUUAUCACAAUAUAACACUACCAGGUGAAUAACAGCAUCGCUGUCACAGACAGUUUACAGUGUGAACUCUGCUCAACCUUUAUGUUACCCACAGUGGAGCCAUGACUUUAUUCAGGCUGUUGGGAAAUGUUUUUGCAUUUCUGCAAGUGAUGCAACACUAUUUGAUGUGGCUGCUAUGUGUUGCACUUUCAUCUGUACAUUUCAUUUCAUAUCUUCAGAGCCAAGCUCAGGAAGCAGCAGAUAAUGUAUGUGAUCUGGAUUCUGGGUUCCAUCAGUUUGUCCUUUUCUGUCAUGAGUUUAUGUGACUGUGUUUCUUGGAGCUGCCAUGGAGGAGGGAUGCUUGUCUCAAUGAUAACAGCUUUUAUUUUCAAUUUCCUAAGUCUGCACAUUUUACACACCUUUUUAAAUCUCUGUGGCACAGACCAGGGGCCAAGUUCACCAGACAUCUUAAAGGAAUACUCUACCUGCAGGAAAGACCAUUUGUAUACCAGUUACUCAGGCUGUUCUUAUGCACUGUUUGUAAAUGUUCCUUUAAAAAUGAAUGCCCGCAAAUUUGUACUUAUCCUACAAUAUAAUGAUCCAGUAAUUCAUGUAUAUACCACGUAUUUGGGAAGGUUGCAGUCACAUGAUAAAUGAGCUGACAGAAGUAAAGAAUAAAGAAGACAGCAGGCUUGUCAUGAGGAAGAUGGGGUGGUGGAUGGGUCCUAAAAUACAAGACUUUACCCCGGGGCUCUCCCCAGGACACCGAUGUUCAGAACUGUGUGAACUUUGAGUCCGUUCAAGGUACAUCGACACCAUGUUUCUUUUCCUAAACCUAACCACAGAAACUUGCUCCCUCUGGAGGUAAAGUCAUUUGUCGUUGAUUUGUCAUUAUCAACCACUUUGCUUAUUAACAGCAGGAUCUCAACCCAGGCAUAAAUCAGACCAUGUAAAUGAGCCAUAUUCCUUAAUUUAUCUGUUCUCCACACAUUCAAACAUACAUUUCACAUUAAAACAGUGUUAAGUUUCAUUUUAUAACAUUUCAUGUGAGCAAUAUAAGUCAUGUUUUAAUGUGUUUCAUGAUAUAACAAGAUAAAAAGUAUAUCUUGUCAUAACAUGGAAAACAUCUUGUCACAACAA